GCUCCAUCCACUCAGAGUAAUUCAAUGAACUCAGCAGUCCUGGGUUAUUGCGCUUAAUGCCGCGUGGAUUUUCCAGGACAAUUAACCAGCACCGGAGCUACGAUCAUAACUUAUUAAAAGAGACAAUCACGGCUUACAUCGGUCCCGGUUCGCUCCUCAGAAGGACCAUCCACCCCGCUGUCUGCACGACUCACCGUCAGGAUUUCCGCUGAACUUGUUCCCAGCGAACCGGGAAGGCUGGGAAGUUGCGUUGUCUUGGACGCACUUCCCGUCGUUGUCCAGGACCCCGGCUGAAAGUUAUGCCUUUGACGCCGCUCGGCACGCACACUCGCACGAUGUUAAACAGAGCCGACGCUUUCUGUGAGUGUGGAAAAUGAUCGCAGCCAGCAGCGAGCUUUCCAUUAUGCUGAGGAGAUGUCUUCUCACUUUCAAACCGUUCAGGAUCUUUGUGGUGGGGAUCGGCUUCUUCAGCCUGUGCUUUCUAAUGACUUCUCUUGGGGGCCAGUUCUCGGCCAAGCGACCCGGAGAUUCCCCCUUCACCAUGCGAGCUGAAGUACUUGGUGGCCAAGAGUCUCGUGGGGUGCUGAGAAAAAUCUGUGACAUGCUGGAAGUAAUAAUGAAGAGGAUGGAUGUUCUGUCAAAACUGGGCAACACAACUGACACCCACAGGCUGGAUGAGCUGAGCUCAGCACUGGACAGGAUCCAGCCCAUUGGUCUAGUGGAGCGAAUUCAGGCCAUAGCCCAGAACAUGUCUGACAUGGCAGUUAGAGUGGAGCAGAUCCUGCAGCGCAGCAUGGCCAAUAACAGAGUUAGGGACGGAGCAUUCGGACAGUGUGAGAUUCCUAAAGAUCCCCGUUAUCCAGACUGCCCCAGUAAGAUGGAUUGGAUGCGUGCUCGUUGGACCUCGGACCCUUGCUACUCCUUUUACGGUGUUGACGGCUCUGACUGCUCCUUCCUUAUCUACCUGAGUGAGGUGGAGUGGUUCUGCCCCCCACUGGCCUGGAGGAAUCAGACCACUACACCUACCUUAAAGCCUCCCCCCAAGAGACAGGCUGUUUUUCAGUCUGACAUCGGGGCUCUGCUGGAGCAGGUGGGCACCGGGAAGGAAUCUUUGAGCUUCAUGAAGAGACGCAUACGCAGGCUGGCAGCGCAGUGGGCCUCUGCUGCUCGGCGGCUGGAUGACAAGCUUCGCAACCACUGGAGAGAGCAAAAAAGGAUUCUCGUCCACGUGGGUUUUCUGACAGAGGAGUCUGGGGAUGUCUUCAGUCCCAAGGUGCUGAAGGGAGGUCCUUUGGGCGAGAUGGUGCAAUGGGCCGACAUUCUCACAGCCCUUCACGUGCUGGGACACAACCUCAAGAUCUCAUUUUCUCUCAAGGAGCUGCAUGGGUUUUUGGGUGUACCUCCAGGAAGAGGAAGCUGCCCACUGACGGGACCUCUGCCCUUUGACCUCAUCUACACAGACUACCAUGGUUUGCAGCAAAUGAAGCAGCUCAUGGGUCUUUCACUGAGGAAGCACAAAUGCCACAUAAGAGUGAUUGAUACCUUCGGUACAGAGCCUGCCUACAACCACGAGGAGUAUGCAACUCUGCAUGGCUACAGGACGAACUGGGGUUACUGGAACCUUCAUGGCCAGCAGUACAUGACCAUGUUCCCCCACACUCCAGACAACUCUUUUAUGGGUUUUGUGGCAGAGGAGCUGAAUGAGACAGAGAGACUGAAUAUUCAGAAGAACAAAGUUAAAAACAUGGCUGUUGUAUAUGGCAAAGAAGCCAACAUGUGGAAGGUGCAACGUGGUAAGGAAAAAUUUCUGGCAAUCUUGCACCGCCACAUGGAGAUCCACGGGACGGUGUACUAUGAGGCGCAGCGUCCCCCAGAGGUGCCUGCCUUCGUCAAGAAUCACGGCCUGCUGCCUCAGCAGGAAGUUCAGCAGCUCCUCAGAAAGGCCAAGUUAUUCAUCGGAUUUGGCUUCCCGUAUGAAGGUCCUGCCCCUUUGGAGGCAAUAGCCAACGGCUGCAUCUUCCUGCAGCCGAAGUUUAACCCUCCUCACAGCUCUCUCAAUCACGAGUUCUUCAGAGGGAAGCCCACAUCGAGGGAGGUAUCCUCUCAGCAUCCCUACGCGGAGCAGUACAUUGGCAGACCGCAUGUCAUCACUAUUGACUUCAAUAACUCCGAGGAGUUUGACGCAACCAUCCGUGAAAUCAUGAGGAUCAAUGUGGAGCCGUUCCUGCCGUACGAGUACACCUGUGAGGGAAUGCUCGAAAGACUCCACGCUUACAUUCAGAACCAGGACUUUUGUUCCCCUGAAGCUCCGUUUCCUCCCGUAAACUCAUCUCAGACUUGGUUGGGCAGUGCUCCCAGUCCUUUCAACCUCCUACCCAACUCCAGAAUUCUAACCUGGGCCUCCAACGCCAGCUCCUUCUCAUCCUGGCCUCCUCUCAAUGCACUCCGUGUCGUGGCUUCACUCGAGAGCGAGUCGUGUGUGAAGGCGUGCCAGACUGCAGGACUAAUCUGCGAACCCGCCUUGUAUCGUUUCAUUAACAUUAGGGAGACUUUCAGCGCGCUGGACUUUCAAUGUGAAGGAGUGGAGUCUGAGAAGAACCACCUCUUUCCUGCUUUCUCAGCAGAGCAUGCUGAAUGCAGCCUACAGCAGGACCCCUUGCUGUUCAGCUGUGCCGGCUCCAGUGCCAAAUACCGACGCCUUUGCCCCUGUAGGGACUUUCGCAAUGGCCAGGUGGCAUUGUGCAAGGACUGCCUAUGACCAGAGGAGGACCUGGAUGAUGGAGGCUCUUUUGUAAUCCUUGGGUAGGUCCUUGGGUAGGAAACUCACUGGCAAGAGACAGUGUGAUAAAAGCAGCAAAGCAUACACACUGACUGUGCUCCCUUACCUCUGACCCAGAACUGGCUACCAAAGUAGGUAAGGUGUAAACGUCUCAGGGAACUGCAUGAUUGUAUUUUGAGUCUGGAGGGUUUGAAGCUUCACUGUACAGAUGUUCUGCAUUCGGACAGUCUUUACAGAAAUCACGAUGAAAUGUAAAACUUAAUGGAUGAGUUAUAUGAGUAAUCAAGAACGAUUUGAAUAAAAAAAUGCUUGAUUUUCACAAGUGUGGUUAUUUGUUGUUGUGUGAAUAUUUACAGUGUCAUAGUGGAGUUGGAUAUUUGUACUAGAUGCACCCAAAGCCAUUUACACUAUAUUGAGAUGUACUAUUUUAAAUGUCUGUGAUGAAAUUUGUACAUAAGUGUUGUUUAAUAAAAUACAUA